CUCUUUCUUUCUCCCUCCCAUAAUCCCUCACAUGCUGCUCGGUGUCCAGACUCCUGUAGGUUGAGGAGCAGCUCUGUGCAGCAGGAUGUCGGAGCUACAGGGGUUGAGCUCGCUGAUCCGGCGGCGUCAGGAUGCGGCUGCCGCUCGGAUCUCGGAGCUGCUGGACGGAGCGCUGGCGGACUACAAGGAGCAGAUCUCCCGUUUGAAAGAAGACAACGAGCGACAGAGGAAGCUGCUGGACGCGAUUUUACACCCCGGAGCCCGGCUGUACCCGACAGUGUUGCCCAAGCAGCUGCUGGUGUGUAAAGAAGAGAAGCAGGAGUGGAGCCCCAGUGUGGACCAGGAGCAGCCAGAGCCGCCACACGUUAAAGAGGAGCAGCAGGAGCUCUGGGUCAGUCAGGCGGCAGAGCAGCUUCAAGAUGUCAAGGUCCCAUUCACCGUUGUCACUGUGAAGAGUGAAGAUGAAGAGGAAGCUGGGCCCGCACAACUUCAUCAAAGCCAAACUGAGGAGAGCAGAGAGGCAGAGCCUCCGGCCAGCAGCUCCACUGUAAAGAUGGAAACAGAAGCUGCUGGAGAGGAACCGGCCAAGAACGUAGAUCCAGCUGCUGAUCUCCAACCAGCUAGUAAUAGCCAGCUCCUCUCCUCACACUCGUCUGACUCUGAGACUGAUGACAGUGAAGAUGACAUGGAGGACACGGUGAACAAAAACACAAGAGUGAAACAGUGGAAGUGCUUUGCUGGUGGUUCAAGCUUUAAACAAAGACGGAACUUAGAUAUGGACAUGAUGAUGCACAGCAAAGAAAAACCAUUCAGCUGCUCAUUUUGUGGCAAAAGUUUUUCACAGAAGAGGUUCUUAAAUAGACACAGUACAGUCCACACAGGAGAGAAACCAUUCAUCUGCUCAGUUUGUGGCAAAACUUUUCGAGUUAAAAGCUUCUUAAACCAACACAUGGGAGUCCACACAGGAGACAAACCAUUCAUCUGCUCAGUAUGUGGCAAAACUUUUCGAGUUAAAAGCUUCUUAAACCAACACAUGGGAGUCCACACAGGAGAGAAAACAUAUAGCUGCUCAGUUUGCCAGAAAGGUUUUAGGGAUAAAACUAACUUAAAAGUACACAUGAGAGGCCACACAGGAGAGAAACCGUUUAGCUGCUCAGAAUGUGAUAAAAGUUUUUCACGUCAAAAUACCUUUAACAGACACAUGAAAGUCCACACAGGAGAGAAACCAUUUAGCUGCUCAGUUUGUCAUAAAAGUUUUAGAGAUAAAGCUACCGUAAAAGUACACAUGAGAGUCCACACAGGAGAGAAAACAUUUAGCUGCUCAGAAUGUGAUAAAAGUUUUUCAGAUAAGCAUGUCUUACACAAGCACAUGAGAGUCCACACAGGAGAGAGACCGUUCAGCUGCUCAGUUUGUCAUAAAAGUUUUAGAUAUGAAGCCUCUAUAAAAGUACACACGAGAGUCCACACAGGAGAGAAAACAUUUAGCUGCUCAGAAUGUGACAAAAGCUUUUCAGAUAAGCAUGUCUUACACAGGCACAUGAGAGUCCACACAGGAGAGAGACCGUUCAGCUGCAGUGUGUGUGGGAGAAGUUACCGCCACUCUGGACAUUUUAAAAGGCAUAAGUGUGAUGGUCAGAGUCGAAGAGCUGAAGUGGCAGAGCUGCCGCUUCAGCUGGACUGUUCAACAGGACAAUAAAGCAGAGAACUUGCUGAGAGUCCAUCGCCCAGGACGGGGAAAGUCAAACCCUCGUCAGUCAAUGUUGUGGUUGGAGAUGCAGCCACGUCUGAACACUGCUCACACACAUCUUGUGUUACUGCAGCCUCAUGUAAGAGAGAAAUUCUUGUUUCUGAUGUUUGGCUCAAAGUCAAGUUUGUGUUCCCAUUUCGGUUUGAUUUUCUCUUACAUGUCAGUUAAUGUCCCGGGCAGGAAUUCAGCAUUUCUGUCUGACCUCACAAUUGCUCUUCUGGAUUAAUUCCUCUGGAUUUAGAAUGAGAGGUCAGAGAAGCUCCUGGAGGUGGAAGGUAGAGGUGGACCAAUACUUUUGUCCAUAUACUGUGUUUGUGUAUAUAUGUUAAUAAAAUCUUCACUGAAUCUGUCCUGAA